AUGGCGUCUCUUCGUGCUGCCGGUAUGCGGCCAAUUCUGGCUGCCAGCAAGCGAAUUGCUGCUCCUUCAACUCUCAGACAGACCCUCGCAGUAUCCUCCAGCAGAAUGGUCUCGUCCUACUACCAGGGCGAAGCUCAGGGCCCCGUGGUCAAGACUGACAUUCCGGGCCCCAAGUCUCAGGAGGCUAUCACCAAGCUGGACACGGUCUUUGAUACCCGCAGCUUGAACAUGCUCGCCGACUACACCAAGAGUUUCGGAAACUACAUUGUCGACCCCGAUGGCAACACGCUCCUUGAUGUCUACGCCCAGAUUGCCUCGAUUCCGGUCGGUUACAACAACCCAGCUCUCGUCAAGGCUGCCCAGAGCCCCGAAAUGGUCAACUCCAUCAUCAACCGUCCCGCCCUGGGCAACUUCCCCUCGCACGACUGGGCGUCCGUCCUCGAGACCGGUAUCCUCAAGGUUGCCCCCAAGGGUCUGAACCAGGUCUUCACCGCCAUGGCCGGUUCCGAUGCCAACGAGACUGCAUACAAGGCCGCUUUCAUGUGGAGGCGGCAAAAGGAGCGAGGUGGUCCUGCCGUCGAGUUUACUGAGGAGGAGAUGGAAUCGGCCAUGAACAACCAGUCCCCUGGUGCCUCUCAGCUCUCCAUCCUGUCCUUCAAGACUGGUUUCCACGGUCGUCUGUUUGGAUCCCUCUCCACCACCCGCUCCAAGCCCAUUCACAAGCUCGACAUUCCCGCCUUCGACUGGCCUCAGGCCACUUUCCCUCAGCUCAAGUACCCCCUUGAGGAGCACGUCGAGGAGAACGCCAAGGCCGAGGCCGACGCCCUUGCAGAGGUUGAGCACCUGAUCAAGAACUGGCACUUGCCCCCGGCCGCCGUUAUUGUCGAGCCUAUCCAGUCCGAGGGUGGUGACAACCACGCCUCCCCCGCCUUCUUCCGCGGCCUGCGCGAGGUUACCCAGAAGCACGGCGUUCUCAUGAUUGUCGAUGAGGUCCAGACUGGUGUCGGUGCCACUGGCAAGUUCUGGGCUCACGACCACUGGGACCUCCCUACGCCUCCCGAUAUGGUCACCUUCUCCAAGAAGGCCCAGACUGCCGGUUACUACUUUGGCAACCCCGAGCUCCGCCCCAACAAGCCCUACCGCCAGUUCAACACCUGGAUGGGUGACCCGGCCCGUGCCAUCCUCUUCCGCGCCAUCAUUGAAGAGAUUGAGCGACACAACCUCGUCGAAAACACCGCCAAGGUCGGAGACUACCUCUUUGGCAAGAUUGAGGAGCUUGCAAAGAAGUACCCGCAAGACUUCCAAAACCUCCGUGGCAAGGGCCAGGGUACCUUUAUCGCCUUUGACAACCCCAAGCGCGACCAGUUCCUCGCAAAGGCCAAGAAGUUUGGUGUCAACAUUGGUGGCAGCGGUGCUCAUGCCGUCCGUCUCCGACCCAUGCUCAUCUUUGAGAAGUCGCACGCCGAUAUCCUUCUCGAGGCCAUGGAGAAGAUUGUCACUAGCUGGUAA